AUGUGUUUCAUAUUCUUGUCAGUCAAACCCGUUAAGCUAAAAUCAUACAUAUAUAAGCACAUUUAUUUCACACGCACACAUAUUUCACUUAUUAUCAAGAACAAGUUACUCCUUUGUGUUUUAAUGGAUCUGAGACAAGUUGGUAAACUAUUCUGCUUGGUUGUAUUGUGGAAAAUCUGUUGCUGUGACGAUGAUGAUGAUGUAUGUCUGUUGAAACCAGAACGAGGUCGUUGUCGUGCAGCUAUUCGUUCAUACUAUUAUGAUUCAAGCUCUAAUGAAUGCAAGAAAUUCAUUUAUGGUGGAUGUGGCGGUAAUGGGAAUCGAUUUCCUACAUUAAAGGCAUGUGAAGAUGAGUGUAAAGAUAUUUGUCUCUUGAAGCCGGAACCUGGUCUUUGCAGAGCUUAUUUCCCUUCAUUCUACUACGAUCCAAGCUCUAAUGAAUGUAAAAGCUUUGUUUAUGGAGGAUGUGGUGGUAAUGAAAAUCGAUUUGCCUCAAAAGAGACCUGUGAGGAAACAUGUAAACUUGAUUAA